GACCCGCGGGGAGGGCGGGCCAGUCGGCUGGCGGCAGGGCCCUGAGACGGGGGAGUCGUGUCCCUGCGCCCGCCUCGCCAAGGCAGCGCCGGACGGGGCCCCUGUUCUCCCGGGGGGUUGGGUGAAGCUGGCGGGCCGAUCGGGGGCGGAUAGAUAUAAGCGGGGAGGGAGCCGGGGGGAGUAGAUGGAGGGGAGCCAAGGCGGGUAGGUCCGGGGAGGGGAGGGUAGAUUCAGGCCGGGCGCACAUGGCCGGCCCGUGUUACUGAGCCGCCUCUCCCCGCAGUGCACCGCAUCUGCUUCCUUCCUGUGCCCCCGGGCUCUGGCUCCCGCCGCGGCUGGAAAUAUGUCCGAGGGGGUGGAUCUGAUCGAUAUCUACGCCGACGAAGAGUUCAACCAGGACUCCGAAUUCAGUAAUGCUGACCAGAUGGAUCUGUAUGACGACGUGCUAGCAGCAAGCUCGCAGCCACCCGAAAGCCGCACCAGCAGCUCGGAGGCACCGACCGAGAUCCGCCAGGAGCAGUCCCCCAAGCCAAACAGCAAAUCGCCUGCCAUCUUGUACACCUACAGCGGCCUGCGUAACAAACGGGCUGCUGUGUAUGUGGGCAGCUUCUCCUGGUGGACAACUGACCAGCAGCUGAUCCAGAUUAUUCGCUCAGUGGGGGUCUACGAUGUGGUGGAGCUGAAAUUCGCGGAGAACCGAGCCAAUGGCCAAUCCAAAGGGUAUGCAGAGGUGGUAGUUGCCUCCGAGAACUCAGUCCACAAGCUCCUGGAGCUGCUGCCCGGCAAGAUCCUCAAUGGGGAUAAGGUGGAGGUGAGACUGGCCACCCGGCAGAACCUGUCGCAGUUUGAGGCACAGGCUCGGAAACGGGUGCCACCGAGGGCUCACUCCCGGGACUCCUGGGAUUCGAUGGAUGGCCGAGCCACGCCGACGGAGAAUGCUGUGCCGCCCCCUCGUGUGGAGAAGCCCCCUUCUGUGCUGUCUUUCUUUAACCGCCCCCCUGCCGCCAUGCCCCUCAUGGCCCUGCCCCCUCCCCCGAUGCCUCCCCCACCACCUCUCUCCUCCAGCUUUGGAGUGCCACCUCCCCCCCCAGGAAUCCACUACCAGCAUCUAAUGCCCCCUCCUCCUCGACUGCCCCCACACCUGGCCGUGCCACCUCCAGGGGCAGUCCCUCCCGCCCUGCACCUCAACCCUGCCUUCUUCCCCCCGCCAAAUGCAGCAUUGGCCCCCCCGCCGGACACCUACAAGACCUCUGCAGCCUAUAACCACAGCAGUCGAGAGCUGGGCCCACUGCCUCCUCCAGUGAGCGAAGCCGAGUUCGAGGAGAUCAUGAACAGGAACCGAGCGAUUUCCAGCAGUGCCAUUUCCAAAGCGGUGUCCGGAGCCAGCGCAGGGGAUUACAGUGAUGCCAUAGAGACCCUGCUCACGGCCAUCGCCGUUAUCAAACAGUCCCGCGUAGCCAACGACGAGCGGUGCCGCGUCCUCAUCUCCUCCCUCAAGGAUUGUCUUCAUGGGAUCGAAGCCAAGUCCUACAGCAUGGGUGCCAGCAGCAGCUCCUCCAGAAAAAGACACCGGUCUCGGGAGAGGUCGCCCAGUCGGUCCCGCGAGAGCAGCAGGAGGCACCGGGACCCGCUUCAUAAUGAGGAUCGGCACGAGGACUAUUUCCAAGAAAGGAACCGGGAGCAUGAGAGACAUCGGGACAGAGACAGAGAAAGGGACCGGCACCACUGAGAAAGGACUGAAGGACGGAGGCCGCUCCACCCCUCUCCUCCCCACUGCCCCCAGCUCCUUCCAGGCACCCAGGGAAAGCCACGUCGCCUGCGGGACUCCAGCUGGCACACGGUGGCCUCGGGACCCACACUCGCUGCUGCUGCUUUCUGGGGAAAUGCUGGAAGACGUGGAGUUAGGGAGGGAUAGCGUCGGGGCCACUGUGAGCAGGGAGUGCUCCAGUCCACGGAUACUUGGACCCAAAGAGAAAUGGUGCUUUUCCAUGGAAGCUUGUGAGCUCCUUCCUCUCCGUGGCCCUUCCGGAGACAGCUGGAAGGGAAUCCAUCACCCUCGUGUGUGCUGGGGAGGGUUGGAGGUGGGGGCACAGAUAUCCCUGCGUGGUGUCUGGUGCCUGGCCUGCUUGGCUUACUGGGGCCAGUAUCCAUGUCCUCCCAUGAUGCACUGUCUUCUCGUCCUGUGUGGGGGUGCUCUCUUGAGGAAUGCGAUCCCUUCUCCCAACCAGUUCCAGGCCUGGCUUGUCUGGCCCAUUAUACUCAUCUUAGAUAACAGCAUUUCCUCUUCCCCCGCCUCAUGGAGAGCAGGCUGGCUGCUGCUUCCCAUCACCUUUUUCUGCUCCCAGUUGCCGUUCCUGUAGGCGCUUCUGAGUUCUCUGCAUUCUGCCCUGGCUCCUCUAGGGGGCUUGUCCGGAACAGAGGUGGCCCCUCUCAGCUGGACUCAAUGCCUCUGGCUCUCCAUGCUGAUCUCAUGCAAUAACCGUUCCAGUUCACGUUUUUCCCUACCGCAAGCCCCAGCCACCUGUUUCUUCAGAGCCAGCCUCCUCCCAGAGAGGCUGCCUUCCUUGUUUUAGAGGAAGCGGCAUGGGGAGAGACUUGAGUGUUGUGAUAUCGGUGGAUGGAGAUGGGGUGGGCUGGGGGCUGGCUGGAUGAGCCCAACAACUGAUAACCUGGCGAGCUGCUUAGCGUUUUUGUGUGGUGGGAGGUGCAUUGAUUCCAGGGAUUGAGAACUCUGGUGGGGACUCCUGCCUCUUCAUAAACACUCUAGGAAUGGGAGCUCCCAGUCGAGCGCUGGGUGGGAGGUUUCUUUAGACAGCACCACUGCUUGCUAUUGCUCUAUGGUGCGUGACGGUGAGCAAAGAGUUUGGGGUGGCUGAGAGUUGGUCUACAUCUAGCUAAGGAGUCUUGGUGCCUGUUCCAGCACAUGGGGCUGAUUGUGCCCAACAGUGCGAUGCCUGAAGGGCCAGGGGGAAACAUAACCACUAUUUCCACCACAGCCUUCAGCUGGUGAUUCUUGAAGGCUGGUAGGAUAGAUGGUGUGGAAGGAGCCAUGUUCCCUCGAGCAAAAGAUGCUCUAGGGUACAGGUGGCCAGAGAGCAGCCUGCAUGUGUCGCAUGACUGUGCCCAUCUGAGCGGCAGCCUGUGGAGACUGCACAUCCCAGCAUGCAGUUCUCCAGUCACUUAACUCAAGCUAUAACACAUUGUAUGCUGGGACCUGUAGUCUCCAGAGCCUGCACCUUUAUGUAAGACUGAGGACAGCAACCACCUGCUGCAUUUCAUGCCAUUCAGUGUGGCCCUCCUGGCAAGUUGUGGACACAGCUGGGCAAAACCUGGGCACCAUCCCCCCAGCAGGGGUCUCCAGUUGAACACAUCAGAGAGGGUGGCAGGGGACGAGAGUGCACAGCCUGCCUGGAGGCUGGCGAAGUGAAGUGACACCUCCGUAAGAACUGUGAUCGGUGAGCAAAGGCCAGCUCUGGAUGUCUUUUUAAAAAGAAAAUGAAAAAAAAAAACAAAAAAACGGAAACUUAAAGUGAGGUGACAUUAAAAAAGAAGUGUAAAAUACCAGAAAACCCUUUGACAGGAGAGUGUUCUGUUUUUUUACAUAAUGACACAAAUUUUUAGUUUAUUUCAGAAUAGUGGUGGGAGGGGGGAUGAUAAAAAUAAAAUAAAAAGCAACGCCCCAAUACCCCUCCCCCAGUUCUCGGUGAUUUGAUUUUUGUCUCUUUCUGAUAGGUUGGAAAUUGUGUAAUAAACUUGAUGACGUUGUCAAUCUUUUAUACUGCAUUGUAUGUUUUCUUUUUUUUCCUUUUGUAACAAAAUAUUUUAAAUAAUAAAUGGGGUGUGAGCUGUUUUA